AUGGCUGCCACGCUAAACGGCCACUCGAAUGGUCUCGACGACCACGACGAAGACGUCGCCACUGCUCUCGUCCGCUUUUCACACAUUCCCGCCGCCCUCGAUGUGCCGCUCUCAAGUGGAGACGCCGAGGAGGCUGUCGAGGUCAAUCUCGAGGACCUGAUGGAUGACCCAACCGAGCUGUGCACCCUGCUCGAGAACGAGAACGUCGCACGCGGCUACUGGAUGACCAUCGCUCUGGCCUAUGCCAAGCAACAAAAGGUCGACCACGCCAUCGACAUUGUCACAAGGGGCCUCAGCUCUCUCUCGCGCAACGCAAAGCCCGAAGACAAGCUGUCCCUGCUGUCGUGCUUGUGUUGGCUGCGCCUGUGGCAGUGUAGAGAGGCUCCUCGUCUGAAGCCUGGUACCGACCAUCCCACCCAGAAUACUCCGUCACGACUGACCUGUCUACAGACACCCAACUGGCCUCCGAGGCUCGUAACAAGGAGUACUACAUCCACCAGGCCACCAGCACCCUCAACGAGGCUUCGCGCAUCAGUCCCACUUACCCUCCCCUCUUCCUCGCCCGCGGUGUCCUUUAUCUCCUCCGUGCUUCGCUACAGCCCUCCAAGUCCUCGUCGACCGCCCAAGAGUCUGAGCGCCUCGACACGCUCCGCCAGGCUGCAAAAUGCUUCGAAGACUCUCUGCGCGCUUCCCACGGUCGCAACAUGA